AUGACUGCCUCUCAGGCUACGGAGCAAGCCGCCGACGUCAAGCUGAACGAUCUCCCUACCGCAGUCGUCGCCGCCCCCGUAGCGCAAGAUGUCAACAAGGGCAACGGCGAGACGAAAGACGAACAGUCUGAGCCCACAUCGACGAACCAGCAACAGACCAAGGCAGACGAGGUGCCUCAGGCCAUGCCCGACUCUGCUGUGCCCACAGCUGCUCCUACCACUAGCGAAGCAGUGGAAGGAAUGCUGGCACCAGCCAUCAGUCUAGAUCCCCCUGCUGCUACUCAACAUCCCGAGCCAACGCCUCUGCCGCAGCGCAAGCCCUCGAACAUUCUCAGCCAAGCCAAGCGACGCUUCUCCGUCGCGCUCCUACCUAAGCCGACUAUUUCCGGGCAUGUCGACGGAGAAAUGCACGUCUCGGCAGCCUCUACAUCGAUGACCGCUGCUGUCGAUGGCGUCAACAAUGCCGAGACAAGCGAUAACAAACUAGAGACGGUGGUCACCCCCUCGACACCGCCAUCUGGCCUGCCCAUGCACCACCGCAAGCCGACGUCUUUCGCCAACAGCCUGCGCCACCGCCUCUCCCAGAGCUUCGUUCUCGCAACGCAUCGGCCCUCGCGCGAACCCAGGUCUCAAGAGCUCGACAUGCCCAGUGACACCCCUGCCCCUCCUCCACGGGUAAGCACUGCGACGGAGUCUGCCAUGCAGUCACAGCCUCAGAAUGCCACGACUGGCACUGCCUCUCAGCUCGCGCCAGCAACCCAGCCUCAGCAGCGUCUCUCCCAUCCGGCCAUGGGAGAAAAGGUCGACACGAUCUUCUCGCAGGUCAAGAAGCGCAUUGCAAGCGCCACGGAGGCCGCUGCUGCUGUGCCUCUGUCUGCUCGUCGCAUGAGCCGUCACGGAAGAGUGAGCAGUGACAUGGGCGCCGCAAUCUUGACGGAAGCUGGCGCAAUGACGCCGGCGCAGCGUCUGAAGCAGCAGCAGCAGCAGCAGCAGCAGGAGAUGACUGCGGAGCAUACACCGCAUUCUUUACAUCGGCAACUUGCUGAUACGGACGAAAGGCAGCAGCCACAGCAACAGCAGCCACAGCAGCAGCAGCCAAUGCUCAAGACUCUUGGACACGUAAUUCAGCCGGCCUCAGCCUGCAAGGCCAAGCCAGCCACCGCACCUGAAAUUACCGCCACGAGCUCUGCCGGGCCUGCCACUACUUCCUCGCAAGGCCGCAACAUGUCCAACACGGAGCGCACUUCGACCACCUUGCCCGCCAGCAAGCGACGCCGCCAGUCUAUCCAGGUCGUGAGGAGCCUGCUGUCUGAGCAGCUCAGCCCUGCAAGCCCGCCAAGGAGGUCGACGACGAUGGCUCCAGAAGGUCCUCGACCAGGUGCCGGCGUUGCGGUCAACGCGCCGGCCGCCUCGACUCCAGCUUCUAUUGAGCAGGCCGCUGCUAAGCACGUGAACGUCAGCAAGGGAAGCCACCUUGGAUUUUCCUCCUCUGCCGGUGCUAGCGCUACCCGAGGCGAUGCAAGUGACACGGCUCUCCCUUCUGCAAUCUCUGCUGCUACGGCUGUCGCUCCCGCUCCUCCUCCACGCACUAGCUCCUUCUCCUCUCCCACUGCGACCAGCUUCACACCUACAACGCUCAGAGACACCAUUACUGAGAAGCUCAAGUCUUUUCUCGGCCGUGUCCGCUCGGCGCGCGACGAGGCUCGACGUUCUGAACGCUUCGCUGGGUCGACAGGGAUUGCUGAAACGCGAAGGGGGCCGCAAGCCGCGAAUGGACACGCUGAUUCUGCACCUGCAGCCGCUGCUGUUGAGGUAGCGAAGGAGGGAAGCCCCGCAAAGAUAGAUCAGGGAAACAAGACAGCGGAGCAUCAAGACCAGCAAAAGCCAGGCGGUGCUGGCCCUGCUACGAACAACGAAGCAGUCGCCGAAGGUCAGGCCGAAGCGCACGAAACCCAGGCCGAAGGCCAGCUUCCCGGCGAUGUCAGUGAAGGGCAUUCCCAGCAGCCUCCUCACGACCUGCCCGCGGGGGACAUUACUCACGGCACCGUCGCCACGUCCGGCCAUCAGAGCCAGACGGCUCCAACCGCAACUAUCACGCCACCACCUCCUCUCCCAAGCUCCACCCAGGUUCACGUACAGCCAGGCAGCGACAGUAUACCCGCUUCUGGCGCUCCAUCCUCUGACGAAGAUGCCGCCCCCAGCGACAGAGCAACUGGUGGUCAUGGCAACGUCUAUGGACCCAGGAGCUCUGCGGACGUGCCCUGUGUGCCCGCACUGCCUGCGUCGGCGGUAGAGCAGAAUGCAGAGAAGGGAAAGGACGAGGGUGAGAAAGACGACAAGAGCAAGGGUGCAGCUGCUGGGUGGGAUGAGGAGGUGCAGGAGGAGAACAAGUGA